UUAUUCCCCCCGCCUGUUUGUGGCUCUGCUCUUCCAUCUUGUCAUCACCACACAGCAGAUACCACCAGUGGAAGUUGCUACAUUCUGGAGAGCAUGCUGGCAGGCACACCACCUUCACUGCAAGCCCAACAGGUUUGCAGUGCAGGCCAUAAAGGCUCUGCUCUGCCGACUGCAGUGGGACCAUGUGGUGCUGGCUAUGGAGCGCAAGCGUGACUGGGACAUGCUGCUGCGUGCUGACACCCAGCACGUUGCUGUGGGCCUGCUGGCCAGGGUGUUGUGCCAUGUCUUGGACCCCUUCUGUUCCCGCAUUGCAUUCCGCCUGCUCCAGCCACAGAGCAGGGAAGAGCCGUGCUGGGAUCUGCCCUCCCUGGCAUUCCUGGUGGAGGUCCUCGGGGGCCUGGAUUUGAGUGAAUGCGGUGACAGCGUUCUGGAGAUGAUGUCAAGGUACCUGCGGAGCGAGUGCAGGGAGCGGCGUCGCCUGGCGCUCCGAGGCCUUGUGGUGCUCACCAAGGAUCCCUCGAUGGCCAGAAGAAUGUACCCGCUGUCUCAAAGCCUUCUGGAGCUGCUGGGGGAUGCAGAUGGAGAGGUGGUCAGCAUGAGCCUCCGUGUGUUCACAAAUGUCCUCCAGCACAAAGACAUCCUGGUAUCCAGCACCACUGCCCCGAAGCUCGCUGAGGCACUCCUCCUGCUCUUUGACCAUGACAGCAGCUAUGUGCGCUUGCUCUCUAUUUUACUCUUUGACAAGAUCAUGAACUUUCUAGUGGAUGAGGGAGAAAAGCCCAUGAAGAAGAUUUUGUGUCAGAGCUUGCUCCCACUUUUCUUGCACUGCCAUGAGGACAACCAGCGCGUGGCAAAUGCUUCUCGGGAAACGCUGCUUGGUGUGGCCGAGUUUUUGAAGAAGAGGAAUCUCAAGAAGCUGCUGAAGAAGGAGCAGCUGUCAAAGUUUGCCGAGUGCCUGCUGGCAGAGGACAGGAGCCGAGCGGCCGAGCACCUGCGCCGGGCCCUGCCCUACCUGCAGAGCCCACAGGAGCCCCUGCGAGAGGCGGCCGUCAGGUUCAUGGGGAUCGCCGGGCGCUGCCUGAGAGGACAGCAGCAAGAGUUCCGGAUCCUCUGCAGGGCCCUUCAGGACAUGGCGAAUGACGCCAGCCCCGCCAUCUCAUGCCUGGCCCUUCAAACUCAUUACAUCAAUUUAGCUGUGCAGGCCAUUCCCUCCUCCCGACUCCAGAAUGUGCAAGAUCAACUCCGCCGGCUCUGGAAGUCACGGCCUUUCCCGUGUCGCCGGGGCUGGCUGUCCUGCUGCAGCGCUGUGGAGAACUGAUCCGCCAGGCUGCGUCUGCUGGGGCCACCUGAGCCUGCGGGGACCAACCCCCAUGUUAAUUUCAGGAGGACAAUUAGAGAACACCAUGCUAAAUUAAUGAGGACAAUUAGGGAACAGCAUGUUCAUUUCAGGAGCACAAUUAGAGAACACCAUGUUAAAUUUCAGGAGGACAAUUAAAAAACACCAUGUUAAUUUAAGGAGCACAAUUAGAGAACAUCAUGUUAAAAUAAUGAGGACAAUUAGAGAGCACUGUGUUAAUUUCAGGAGCACAAUUAGAGAACAUCAUGUUAAAAUAAUGAGGACAAUUAGAGAGCACUUUGUUAAUUUCAGGAGGACGAUUAGAGAACACCACGUUAAAUUCAGGAGGACAAUUAGAGAACACCACAUUAAAUAUAACAAAGAUGAUUAGAGAUCACCAUGUUAGUUUCAGGAGCACAAUUAGAGAACACCAUGUUAAUUUAACGAAGACAAUUAGAGAAUACCAUGUUAAUUUAAGGAGGACAAUUAGAGAGCUCUGUGUUAAAAUUAACAAAGACAAUUAGAGAACACUAUGUUAAUUUCAGGAGGACAAUUAGAGAAUAGCAUGUUACAAUUAAGGAGCACAAUUAGAGAAUACCAUGUUAAUUUAAGGAGGUCAAUUAGAGAACGCCAUGUUAAUUUAACGAAGACAAUUAGAGAAUACCAUGGUAAUUUAAGGAGGACAAUUAGAGAAUAUGAUGUUAAAAAUAAUGAGGACUAUUAGAGAAUACCAUGUUAAUUUAGUGAGUACAAUUAGAGAAUACCAUGUGAAUUUCAGGAGGACAAUUAGAGAACGCCAUGUUAAAAUUAACAAGGACAGUUAGGGAACACCAUCUUAAUUUCAGGAGCACAAUUAGAGAUCACCAUGUUAAUUUCAGGAGGACAUACUAAAAUGUCAUCAGAGGCUGUGAAACAGCAGGGUGGAGACACAAGAAUAAAUAAAAUAAAAUAAAGUAAAACAAAACAAAAUAAAUAAAAUUAAAGAAUUAAAAAAAUAAAGUAAAAUAAAAUAAAAUAAAAUAUAAAAAUGAAAUAAUAAAUCCUGACCCUCAGGAUGUCUCUGAGCCAGAGAGUGAAGGGGUCAGGCAAAGGAGCUCCCAAAACAUCAGAAAUUUGAAAGAAUGUUUGAGUAGUGUGAAAAUCCCCGAUAUAUGAUUGGCGCUUGGCAAAUAUUAAAAUGAAUACUGAAUGCGAUAUGUGUUAUGUUGGAGAGAUAUGCAGUAUUCAUCUCUUAAAUUUGGCUGUAUUAACAUUUUUUAAAUUUGGCUGUAUGAAUCUCUUUUUCAUUUUAAUAGUGCUGUAUUAAUCUCUUUUAAGUUUUGCUGUAUUAAUGUCUUAAAUUUGGCUAUAUUAAUGUCUUACAUUUUUCCUUUAUUAAUCUCUUUUAAGUUAAGUUUUUCCUGUAUUAAUCUCUUUUAUGUUUUGCUGUAUUAAUCUCUUAAAUUUGGCUGCAUUAAUCCCUUUUAAAUUUCUCCUGUAUUAAUCCCUUUAAUUAGGCGGUAUUAAUCUCUUUUCAGUUUUGCUGUAUUAAUCUCUUUUAAUUUUUUCCUGUAUAAAUCUCUUUUAAGUUUUGCUGUUUUAAUCGCUUUUCAGUUUUUCCUGUAUUAAUCUCUUAAAUUUGGCUUUAUUAAUAUCUUUUAAAUUUUUCCUGUAUUAAUAUAUUUUGAGUUUUGCUGCAUUAAUCUCUUUUAAAUUUUGCUGUAUUAGUCUCUUCUAAAUAGUGCUGUAUUAAAUUAAGUCUCUUAAAUUUUGCUGCAUUAAUUUUGUUUAAAUUUUUCCUGUAUUAAUAUCUUCUAUAUUUUUCCUGUAUUCAUCUAAGUUUUCCUAUGUUAAUCUCUUUUCAGUUUUUCCAUAUUAAUCUCUUUGAAAUUUUUCCUGUAUUCAUCUCUUUUAAGCUUCCCUGUAUUAAUCUCUUUUCAGUUUUCCAUAUUAAUAUCUUUUAAGUUUUUCCUCUAUUGAUCUCGUUUAACUAUUCCUGUAUUAAUAUUUUAAAUUUUUCCUGCAUUCAUCUCUUUUAAGUUUGUCCUCUAUUAAUCUCUUUUCAGUUUUCCUGUAUUAAUAUAUCUUAAGUUUUUCCUGCAUUAAUCUCUUUUAAUUUUUUCCUGUAUUAAUCUCUUCUACAUGUUUCCUGUAUUAAUCUCUUUUAUGUUUUGCUGCAUUAAUCUCAUUUAAAUUCUUCCUGUGUUAAUCUCUUUUAAGUUUUUCCUGUACUAAUCUCAUUUAAUUAUUCCUGUAUUAAUCUUUUCAAUUUUCCCUGCAUUCAUCUCUUUUAAAUUUUUUCUGUAUUAAUCUCAUUUCAGUUUUUCCGUAUUAAUCUCUCUUAAAUUUUUCCUGUAUUCAUCUCUUUUCAGCAGUGUGGCACACACACUUUUUAGCCUAGAGCACAAUAUUAAAAGAACAGCAACAGACACCAAAAUCUCAAAAAAAACCAAAACAUUAUUGCCUCCUUCUGUGGAAAUCUCAGAUUUUCAAAAAUUGAUUUACAAGAUGGGGGGGAAAGCUAAAAUUUAAACUCCUAAAAUUUCAACACAACGAGUUUUUCACAAAUAACGAAAUCAUGAAUAUGCACGCGCCUCAGCGAUGUCACCCCGCUGGAAUUAUUCUCCUUUUUUUAUCCUAUUGCCAUUAUUAUUAUUAUUAAACUUUAAAAACU